CUUAUCUAACAUCAUACUUGAGUAUUUAAUAUGCCGAAAAUAUAAUUGAGUUCCUAACGAAUUCCUUUUAAGAUAAUAAUGAUUCGAAACUCAAUGCAGAUAUUUUUUCUUUAGCCUUGUGUUAUUUUUAAACACUUGUGAACGAAUUGUUCAAAAUGUAUAAACAAAUACCUAAUAACCACAUUUCCUUCUUGUUGAGAAACACGAAGAUAUAUUGUUUUCAAUGCAUAAAAGCACUUUCUACACGCCCUGAAAGCCAGCCUGUAUCAAACCAUGGUCCUUGGAACUUGUACUCAGAUAAAGUAUCAAAAGGGUUAUUGAGUCAAGAUUCUCAUCAAGAGGAAGUAGUGCGACACCUUCAAAAAGUAUACAAUGAAGUUUCAUCAUUCAAAAGGCCACAAAUCAAAGCCAGGUUUGGUGAAUCCUUCUUUAACUUCUUUAGUAAAUCUGAGCCUUAUAAAAUGGAGGCACCAAAGGGAUUGUACAUAUAUGGAAGUGUCGGCGGAGGAAAAACAAUGUUGAUGGAUUUAUUCUAUGAAACUGUACCUAUAAAGGAGAAAUUGAGGGUCCAUUUUAAUUCUUUCAUGCUCAAUGUUCACGCUAGAAUACAUGAGCUCAAAAUUAAAUCUGGUAAAGGUGCUAGUUCGUUCCGAGAUGAGGGCAAACCCUUUGACCCUAUACCACCAGUAGCUGCAGAUAUUACACAGGAGUCCUGGCUUAUAUGUUUUGAUGAAUUUCAAGUGACAGAUAUUGGUGAUGCUAUGGUUUUAAAACGUCUGUUUACCCAACUGUUUGACAAUGGUUGUGUUGUUAUAGCAACCAGCAACCGAAAACCUGACGAUCUUUACAAAAACGGACUGCAAAGAGCAAAUUUUGUACCAUUCAUUCCCAUCCUGAAAGCACAUUGUGAUGUCAUUCAAUUGGACUCUGGCAUAGAUUAUAGAGUGAGAGGAUCAGGGAGUAAAUAUGGUAAAUAUUUUCUUAACCAUGAACUCACACCAGACAAUAGUGGCGUGGAUACGCUUUUUAAAUUCCUCAUAUCAAAAGAAAAUGACACAGUUAGAGUUCGCGUUAUUAACAUUUUUGGAAGAAAUGUCAAAUUUGCAAAAACCUGUGGAGGAGUGUUAGAUUCAACAUUUGACGAACUUUGUGAUAGACCGCUCGGUGCAAGUGAUUAUUUAGUCAUAUCAAAAACAUUUCAUACGGUAUUUAUAAGAAAUAUACCGCGAUUAUCUAUUGUAACACAAAGAUCUCAGAUAAGAAGAUUUAUAACCCUGAUUGAUACUUUAUAUGACAACAGAGUCCGAGUUGUUAUGGCUGCAGAUAGUGAUCCCAAAAACUUGUUCAAAGUGGAUGAUGCAAAAGACGGUUAUGGUGAUGCCGACCGAGCAUUGAUGGACGACUUAAAAAUAACAAAAGAUUCUGAAGAUGCAAAUGCUGCUAUUUUCACUGGUGAGGAGGAAAUGUUUGCUUGUGACAGAUGUUUGUCACGAAUUAUGGAGAUGCAGUCAGAUGAGUAUUGGGAGAAAUGGGGACAGCAUCUAAGUUAAUUCUUAAAGUCGUUAAAAUAACAAUGUUGCUGCCCAUAAUAUGUUCAAUAUUAAAUACCUAAAGGAUUUUGAAAUACCAUUCAAAAUUAGAACAUUAUAUAUUUAUCAUUGAUUCAUAGUUAACAGUCAGAGAUAAUGAAGUCAAUAAUAAGUUAUGUAUGUGGUGUACCAUUAUGAAAAAUAUUUAUAGAAUACAGAAUACAUGCCGAUAAUUUUA